AUGACUGCAACUUGUGGACCAAUCUUUAAGCUUCUCUGCAAAAACCAAGAGUGUAAAUGGACAGAAGAAUGUCAGAAAGCUUUUGAGGAUAUCAAAGAAUACCUGCUGGAACCUCCAAUCUUAAGCCAUCCAGUGGAAAGGAGACCUUUGAUCAUGUAUUUAACCAUACUUGAAGAUUCUAUGGGAUGUGUCAUGGGUCAGCAAGACGAGUCUGGUCGAAAAGAGUAUGCCAUUUAUUACUUGAGCAAAAAGUAUACCGACUAUGAAACAAGAUAUUCACUGCUUGAGAAAACUUGCUGCACUCUUGUAUGGGAUGCUCGACGGCUAAGGCAGUACAUGUUGACUCAUACGACAUAUCUCAUAUCCAAAAUGGAUCCAAUCAAAUACUUGUUUGAAAAUCCUGCGUUGACAAGAAGAAUUACCCGCUGGAAGAUGUUAUUAUCAGAGUACGGCAUCCAAUAUCGUGCCCAAAAAGCCAUCAAAGGAAGUUUUUUAGCCGAUCAUUUGGCCUCCCAACCUAUUGAUGAUGAUCAAUCUUUACAAGAUGAUUUCUCUGACGAAGAAAUCAUAGGAAUUGGGGCAGUCAUUGUUAUGCCACAAGGUUCUCAUGUACCAUUCACUGCAAGACCAACGUUCGACUUCACCAACAAUAUGGCAGAAGAUUAUACCCAAAGACUGCUAACCUUCUUCAACAAAGUUGAAUUCCAUCACAUACCUCGUGAGGAAAAUCAAAUGGCAGAUGUAUUGGAAACUCUAGCUUCCAUGUAUCAAGUUAAGUCUCCAAAUGAAGCUCCUCAAAUUACAAUCACGCGCCUGGAUAGGCCGACUCAUGUAUUCGCUGCUGAAGUUGUCACUAAUGACAAGCCGUGGUUUUAUGACAUCAAAAUCUUCUUACAAAAACAAGAGUACCCACCUGGGGCAUUUAGCAAAGACAGAAGAACUUUGAGAAGAUUGUCUAGUAAUUUCUUUUUAACUGGAGAUGUGCUCUACAAAAGGAAUUUUGACAUGGUAUUGCUUAGAUGCAUGGAUAGAUACGAAGCAAACCAAUUAAUGCCAGAAAUUCAUGAAGGAUCUUUUGGCACUCAUGCCAAUGGACAUGCGAUGACAAGAAAGAUACUAAGAGUGGGUUACUAUUGA